GUCGGUAGUGGCGGCGGUGAAGUUACUUCUGAGGGAGGAGGGGGCGGGAAGAGAGAGGGCCGCCCGCCGCGCCGAGACGAGACGAGCCGGGCCGGGCCGGGCCGGGAGGGGAGCGCGGCAGGAGGCGGCGGGUCCCCGCGCCGCCCGGCUCUCCUCACGGGGGACUCCCGGACUGCCCUGGACUCCAUGUGAUGUUCAGGGUCAGAAAUGCCUUAUGUGGAUCGUCAGAAUCGCAUUUGUGGUUUCCUAGAUAUUGAAGAAAAUGAGAAUAGUGGGAAAUUUCUGCGGCGGUACUUCAUUCUGGACACACGAGAAGACAGUCUGGUGUGGUACAUGGAUAACCCACAGAAUCUUCCCUCUGGAUCUCCACCUGUUGGAGUCAUUAAACUUACCUAUAUUUCAAAGGUUAGCGAUGCAACUAAGCUAAGGCCAAAGGCAGAAUUCUGUUUUGUUAUGAAUGCAGGGAUGAGAAAAUACUUUCUACAAGCCAAUGAUCAGCAGGACCUAGUUGAAUGGGUAAAUGUUCUGAACAAAGCUACCAAAAUCACAGUACCAAAGCAGUCUGAUCCUCUCUGUCAAAUGGAUAAUGCAAACCGCCAAGCCGAAAGCCCAGGUGGAAAGAAGCAAGUCUCUUACAGGACAGAAAUUGUUGGCGGUGUUCCUAUCAUUACACCUACCCAGAAAGAAGAAAUCAGUGAGUGCAGUGACGGGGCUGAUAGGAAUUACCUGAAACGGUCACAAAGUCACCUUCCUUAUUUCACUGCUAAGCAUCCCCCAGAUAAUGCUAUCAUCAAAGCUGGCUACUGUGUAAAACAAGGAGCAGUGAUGAAGAACUGGAAGAGAAGAUACUUUCAGUUAGAUGAAAACACAAUAGGAUAUUUCAAGUCUGAACUGGAAAAGGAACCUCUCAGGGUUAUACCACUUAAGGAGGUCCAUAAAGUUCAGGAAUGCAAGCAAAGUGAUAUAAUGAUGAGAGACAAUCUCUUUGAAAUUGUAACAACUUCUCGAACCUUUUAUGUACAGGCGGACAGUCCAGAAGACAUGCACAGUUGGAUAAAAGCAAUUUCUGGGGCCAUUGUAGCACAGCGGGGACCUGGAAGAUCAGCAGCUUCCGUUACUCUAAUCUUAGCUUUGCACUGUGUUCCAGAUGCGGCAGGCCAGAAGGCUGUCGAAUCCUUGUAUACAGAGGAGCAUACCGAGUCUUCUUCCGAACCCAACCAUGCUCUCCGUUCUGCCGUCCCAGCCCCAGCCACCUCACAUUCCACAGCCACUCACGGCAGCCCUCUGGUCCCAAACCCUCACGCCAAAUACCCUGCCUUGGAGAAGCGAGGAUUUCACGAAUCUUUUACCAAGGCCAAGCCAGGGAGCUACAAGAUCCAGGUUGUCGCUCCAAGAGAAUCAGCUCCCAAAGUGACUGAACGGGGCCUCUUGGAACCCCAAAGUAAAAAUGGCACUCAGGAACAGGAUUCUGGCCCUGUGGAUCUGGAUGAUGCAAGCCUUCCAGUUAGUGAUGUGUAGUGAUGGAAGUGUUUGGAGAAUGAUCCAUUUGUUCGGUCCUCUGAUUUCCUUGCUCGGACUUUUAACCAAAGAAAAUUAUAGGAAAUGAGAACAAAAAACCGGAACACUGAUUUUUAUAUAUGUAUGUGUGUGUUUCUGUGCACACAUGUGUAUAUAUAAUAUGUUUGUAUAUUGCCUUUCAGCUGACGGUCAGAAAUGGACCUUAUGCGUUUUCUCAAAGCCUGACAGUAAAUCACUUACUAGGGAGGGGCCAAACUGCACAAUUUAGGAAAAAAAAAAAAAAAAGACAAAAACAAAAAAGUACUUCUGCAAGUAAGCAAGGUACCAGCAAUUUGUCAUUCCUAAUCUGGCAAAUUUACUAAAUUUACAACUAAUGUUAUAUUGUGGAGAACUUACUGCCAACAAAUGUGAUUAUUUAAUUUCAUUUUGAACUACAGUAAGAUUUUAGGCAUAGAUGAGAAUUGUUUCUCUCCAUGACUUUCAGAUACCAGGAAAUGCAGAAAAUGUUUCUUCUGUUCUUUAGGAUCAACAGUGUCAACUGAUUUGUUACCAGAACAAGAAUUCUGAACUCCCUUGGAAUUCUAAUUAUGGUGCUGUAAAAUUUCCACUAAAAUAAUAUUUUGAAUAGUCAGCCUAUUUUUGAUGCACUCCUAAAGGUGGGUUAUAACUUUUUGCACAUUUGGAUUUUAAUGGACUGCAUGUAAUGGUGUUUUGGAGGGGGGAGAAGAGAAAUUGGACUUUCAAAUUUGGACACUUUAGAUCUUUUGAACCAAGUAAGGGUUUAUAUUGUGUUACAUUAGGCUUUGCAGCAAUCUUUUUUUUAAAUGUCUAAACGUAUCAUUUGAUUACUGUUUUGAGAAUGGUUUUCUUAUCAGUGCUUUGUGAACAGUUCUUGUUUCUGUAUUGAUCAGUGGAAGACCUCCUCGUUUAGUCUUGUCAUUAUUGGUACUGAACUGUUCAUAGUCAUGCAAUUGUGGCCUAUAACUUUUGGUGCACUAAUAAUCUUAAGUGCCUGUGUUUUUUCUCACAUUGUUGAAACACUUUUGAAUUAGUUAUGUACACAAACCAUUCUUAAUGGUUUUGAACGUUGGCUUGGAGUUGUUCUAAAUAGCAUAGUUCGAAACAGCUAUUUAAAAUAGAAGACUUAUGCUAGGGAUACCAGUGUUCUGGUAUUGCACCUACUAGCUGUGCAAUAUGUUUUUAAAAAAUGAAUAGUUGUUUGUGUACACUGUGUUAUGGGGCUUCAGUGAUGCAAAUGAAAACCUUUACAUUUCAAGUAUUGGAUUAGAUUGUGUACUUUUCAUCAUUUUUGAAAAAUGUUUGCUUUAAUCAAAACCCCACAAAUAUCUCAUGCUGCUGCUUAUUGUGAUUCAGAUUGUCCAGCUUUGCGAUACUUUUUUCUUUUUGUCUACUGGAACCUAAGAUAGAUACCGUAUAAGUCCAUCUUCUCUCCAACUUCCAAACUGACUUCCUGCUUGAGAGGUAUGGAUGGCUUUACCACAAUAAUUUGUUGAUCCAAGGAUAGAAUAAUUGGUGUCAUAUAAGAAUGAGAUACCAUCUAAUUUCAAAACUUUAAAUUAUAUCAGCACCUUUUUUUUUUUUUUUUUAUCCAUAAGCUAACUAACCACUGUCUUAAGGCAGUGGUGUUUGUAAAUUACUGGUUUUGUUUGACUCUUUAGAUAUAUGUGAAAACUACCACAGAAUUGGAAGUUACUGUAAAUGUCUGUACUAGUAUUGUAGGUUUUAACUUCUAUAAAGAUAAAACAAUAGCUCUUCAAAAGCUUAUUUUUUCAUAAAUACAUUCUGUGUGGAAGACACUUUGCAUUGAAAUAUUUUUACUGUAGUCUAACAUCUGAAAUCACUUGCUCUGGUACAGCUUUCACACUGCAUGUUCAUUUUAUUAUAUUUUGGUAUUGGCAGUUUUACACAUUGGGUGGAGGUAAAGCAGCUCCAUUAUGGGACUUACAAAAAGAGGAAAAAAAAAAAAAGAAAAAAGAAAAGAA